UUUGAGCAUUCGUGACUACUUGGCAUCUCUAAAGCAAACCUUGCUGUGAUGUGGCCACUUACAAUCAUUAGUCUCUUGUUGUGUUUUGUGCCCUCCUAUCAACAGUUCCCCCGUCUGUGUGCCACCCGGGAGGCCUUGCGCAUAAAGGAAUGCUGCCCGCCUUGGGAAGGAGACGGUUCGCCCUGCGGAGCCAGCUCGGGUCGAGGCUCCUGCCAGGAUGUGGAGGUGCCGGACCGGCCGGACGGGCCGCAGUUUCCCUUCUCGGGGUUGGAUGACAGAGAAAAGUGGCCCUUGGUUUUCUACAACCGGACUUGUCAGUGCGCGGGGAACUUCAUGGGUUUCAACUGCGCGGAUUGUAAGUUUGGCUUCUUCGGGGUGAACUGCAAUGAGAGGAGAGAGUCUCUCAGGAGGAACAUAUUCCACCUGUCCCGCGCCGAGAGGAUUCGGCUCGUGUCUUAUCUCAACUUGGCCAAGCAGACAGUCAGCAGAGACUAUGUUGUGGCCACUGGGACCUACCAGGAGAUGGUAAACGGCUCCAACCCGAUGUUCGCUGAUGUGUCUUCGUAUGAUGUCUUUGUGUGGAUGCAUUACUAUGUGUCCAGAAACGCGCUGCUCGGCGGGCCGGGGAAUGUGUGGACCGAUGUGGACUUUGCCCACUGGGCGCCUGCAUUUCUGCCGUGGCACCGCGCGUACCUGCUGCACUGGGAGCAUGAGAUCAGGAAGCUGACCGGAGACAUGAGCUUCACCAUCCCGUACUGGGACUGGAGGGAUGCCCAGGGAUGUGACGUGUGCACGGACGAGCUGAUGGGGGCCCGCAGCCCCCAGGAUCCCAGUCUCCUCAGCCCAGGCUCGGUUUUCUCUUCUUGGAGGAUAUUGUGCUCCCGCGCAGAGGACUACAGUGAAAGGGGUGUGUUGUGUGAUGCUGAAGCAGAAGGCCCGUUGCGUCGUAACCCUGGAAACCACAACCGCAACGUGGUUGAAAGAUUACCAACUUCAGCAGAGGUGGAGUUUACUCUCAGUUUGACCGACUAUGACACAGGAGCCAUGGACCGCAGUGCCAACAUGAGCUUCAGGAACACUCUGGAAGGAUUCGGGGAUCCUCAGACCGGGUUAGGAAACAGCUCUCGUAUGGGCAUGCAUGCUGCUCUUCAUGUGUACAUGAACGGAUCCAUGUCCUCAGUGCAGGGCUCAGCCAAUGACCCCAUAUUCCUUCUCCACCAUGCUUUUGUUGACAGCAUUUAUGAGCAGUGGCUCAGGAGGUACAGACCAUCUCUGUCGCAGUAUCCAGACUCUGAUGCUCCGAUAGGGCACAACAGCGAAUACCACAUGGUCCCCUUCCUGCCCCUGUAUAGAAACAGAGAGUUCUUCAUCUCCAGCAAAGACCUGGGAUAUGAAUAUACGUAUCUGCUAGAUGCCAACCAGAGGCUAGCAGAGUCUAUGCGUCCUUACCUAGAGGAACUGCAGGAUGUGUGGCCCUGGCUGCUGCUCGCAGGUCUCUGUGGAGGAAUUGUAGCUGUGACCCUAGCCGCUGCUAUCCUAGCUGCAAAACGGCGAUAUGGAGGGUCGACUUGGCUGCAUGUGAACAAGUGGAAAAACUUAUUUGCUCUCCCAGAAAGACAGCCACUUAUCUGGAGCAGUGACACAGAGGAAACCAAACACCGUAACUACCAAACAACUAUCUGAAGGCACAGCCAGCCCUGUGCAGUGGUGCACGUGAUCUAUGAAUUUUAACAUCAGAGCGCUGUGAAUUAUACAUCAUAUUGACUAAAUGUGAUGAUUCUGUAAUCUGUGUUAUUGGCAAUGUAUUUAAAUUAAAAGAGUAAAAAAUGUAAGUGCAUGUAGGACAUUUUGAAAUGGGUUUAGAGGCAUGUUUAAGUUGGAUUAUGUUCCACCCACAACUUGUAACUUCUUGCUCAUUUCAGACAUGCUCUUUCCUAUGUUUAUGGUUUCUGUCAUGGAGAUGUUCCAUAGUGACUUUUCCACAUGGUUUUAGCAGAUUACCUCAAAAACUAAGGUUCUGCAGUAUGUUGCAUCAGUCAUGUAUGCAUGCAUUUAUUAUUAAGAAAUGAUAUCCUACAUGCAUCCAACUGCCAUGUGGAGUAACUCUCCAGACAAAUUCACAAAAGCCUUGGGGGACUUUCUUUUAUUAUCUUUGUGUGGGAGUUGACUGAACCACAUUUUAAUUACCAUUUCAACUGAUUUAUGUUUGUGGCGUGAGAUGUGUUUCUGGAAAGAGAAAAGGUGAUAAUGUCUACACAGAUGUCAAGGUCGGAGACAUCACCGCAGCGUCAGGACGUACGGUUCAAUAUUCUAACCUUAAAAGAUACGUGAUAGUUUUAAAAACUUUAUGACAUUUGCAAAAAGUCACUGCAAUUCCCCGAGUUGCAUAUGGUUCAAAAAUCUUCACUCGAAAGGUCACACCUACUUUAAUGCAAGAGAAGCGUUUCCUUUCAUGAGUCUGGCGUUAAUGCCACUCUAACAAAACCUGCUUGCAUAUAUACUGUAUGUCUGCAUUAGAAAUACUCACAGCAGGAUAUAAACUAUAACACAAGUUUCAAAAGUUCAACACAAAAGUUUAUUUUUGGUAAGAUAAAUUGGUUCCCUAAUGACUUAACUCUUGUGUCAUGGUCUCAUUCAGCCAAACUGAACACAUACAUUCCAAGCCGUGAGACAUGCUGUCUAGCAUAGCGUUUUUAUAAUACAGUACUUUGUUUAAAAUACUUGGUAUUCAAUUGCCAUUUUCAGAUAUUACAGUACAUUCUCACUACUAAAAAUGCAUUAUGUUGCUUUGACAUGAAAUCAGGAGAUAAAUACAGCAGUGAUCAUUUAGAAGCAAUACUUGUACAAAAUAUACAUUAGUUAUAAUCAUGUAAAAAAAAAAAACAAAUUUGGAGCAAAUCCACUAUUUUAACUGUGAGAAGGUGGGAUUUAACUUUUAAUUCCUAAGCUUAAGAGUCCCAAGGAACCAUUGUAUUUCUUACAACACAAUUUAUUCACAAUAAAUGCCGUAUUAUACAAGUGUGGACAUUUUAGAGAUCCAAAUUUUCUACUCGAACUACGUAGAACAGCGUCUUUGUUACACAUAUAUGGGGAUACAUUUAGGAUGACAGCAUUCAGUCUGAUGUGGUAAUGGUGGACAAAACAAUUAAAUAAUUUAAACAAUUUAGGAAUGGAUGGAAUGAAUCUUUUACCAAACAUUGCUGAAAAAGAGGAUGGUCCAAAGUGUGGUCCGUUAUGAUGACCUGAUGUGAGCAGUCAACAUGAAAGGCUUUAUAGGUCCGAGAGUAAGCUUGGUCACAUCUGGCCCCCUAUUGUAAUCUAUAGUGUUAUUUCCCCAGGAAUUUCAGUGCAAUUAACAAUUGUGUCAUCAUCUGACCUGAUUGGAGGGCUGCUGAAAGUCAGUGCCCAUAUUAUCAUUUACUACUUUAGUGAAAGACCAUUGUAAAAAAAAAAAAAAAAAAAAAA